AGGUCGCGUCUUGUUUUAGAUAUCGAUAACUUUGAAUAUCGAUGUGUUACAAGCUUACAAGGAUAAUGGCGCGCAUUUUAGUGUAGUGCGUAUUAAAGGAAUUCAAUUUGCUGUUUCUUCCCUACAAAUUAUAUAUUUAAACAUGGCAUCUCGUGCCAAGAGAGGUGCUGCAAAGUCUACUGUGGAACCUGUUCCAGUAAAAAAACGUGCUUCAAAAGAACCGCCAGCAGAGAACGGUGCAACCAUUUUCAUCGAACACUGCAAAUCAUGACAAGUGUUCAAGCGCAAGGCUGCACAAGUAUACGAAGAGUUGUGCGAGCUUGCGCCGGGACAAUUGUCCGGAUUAGUGCUGAAUGAAGGUGAGAAACCGCGUCGAGGUGCAUUUGAGAUUUCCGUGGCCAAAACAAAAGAUGCGGAAAAAGUUCUGGUGUGGUCCGGUUUGAAGAAAGGACCUCCUAGGAAGGAUAAAUUUCCAGAGGCGAAACAGAUACUUUCCGAUGUGCUUAAAGUCGUGAAUUAGUUUAUAUUGUACAAUUAAGCAGCUGGAUAUUUCAGCAAUUCUUUAAUUCUUCCGAUAGUUAUCUAGAAUUUGCCGUAUGACGAUGCAAAUUUAAACCUGAAAUGGAAAUUUGCGUGUGAAGUUUGCAAGUUUUAGUACAACAUUAAAGAAGUUUCGGGAAUGAUGAGCACAGUACAGAUACUAAAAUAAAAGACUUGUUUCACCUAGCUUUUUUCUUCUAUACUGAGCAAAAGAAACUUAUCGUAGAACGUAAUCUUCAGGGUAAUCCAUAAUUUUGGGGAAGUUUUUGACCUGCUCCUGGUCAAUCAAGUCCAAUCGUUCCGGCACUCGCCUUGGUUGACGUAUUUGAUUGGUAACAUUCUCUAAAAUUUCCUUCGAAACGUUAGCAUCCUUAAAAAGGUGCAGUCUCUGCAUUGUAUGCCUUCGCUGAAGAUUUCCGUGCAUCGCUCGGUAAAUAGCUUUUUUCAUUAUCUGUAAAAAGAGAACGAGGAUUUGAGCAUUGUCAAAAUUUCGAUAUUGCGAGGUUAUACUGAUUAUAAAUGUUAAUUUCUUACAAUAGUAGGAUCUUUCUCAUGCAGUUCCCAAGCCAACGUCCAGGAAGCUCCGCCAGCAUAUCCAGUAUGAUGAAAAUAGACACGUUUUUUCCACUCGUCGCCCGGCAAUGCAAUGUCCGCAGUGUUGAUUACUACUACAUGAUCACCACAAUCAUCUAUGGAUGAGAUUAAUUACGUGUUGUUUAUGUAGCGUUUGUUUCCAAAUACCCAAUAGUAAACUCUAUAUCUUCCAUUGCAUGUCAACAGCAUAUUAGCAAAUUUUAUUUUUAUGUAUCCGGAUUUAGUGAAAAAAGUGUUAUAUUUUCGAAUAAGCUAAAUUAAGAAGUGUUCGAAUUUGGAAUGAAUGUUUUCCCUCGCACGAAUUUGAUACGGUCGUCAGCAAUAUAAGUGUAUAUGUAACUUACUCAUAGGAUGAUAUAUUGGUUUAUGCAGUCCCAUCAAAUGUUUUCGAAUCAAACUUGCAGAUUCAAACGGGUUUUGCCAGGUGCAAUCGUAGAUAUGCCAGACACGAGCAAACGUUGCCCAUUGCUGGAAAUAAAAUUUAUGUAAUCGAUAACUAAAAACAACUGUUUGAACUAACUUACUUGAACCCUUUUUAUUGCCGACAUUUAGGAAAAAGUGACUUUUUACCAGCUGUAUGUUUCUUAUUACCCUCUAUAUUGGAUAAUCUAACAACCAAACAUCAUGUAUUAACUUAAAAACAAUAAUGUAAACGCACGUGAAAGGAAGAUCUACUGCUAAAA